CUGUAUAUACACGUAGUUUUACAACACAGCUUGAGUUUAAUAAUACUGAUUUAUUUGAAAUAGGGUAGUUUUUUUUAAUUUUCAGCUUCUGUACACCCUCUUCUCAAGGUUAAACUUUGAUUCAUUUCACCAUCACUGAAUUGUUAUCAACAUGGAAAGUGGAAUAAACCCGGGAAAUUGCCAUCACCCAGCUUCAAAAAUGAGUAGUCGCCAUUGAAGUAUCAUGGAAUUGUGUGUAUACCAUAAGCAUCGACUGAAUAUAUUCGCGAGAAAAGAUUCCCGGUUCUGAACAACUUAACGCACAUAUAUCGAACAGUUACGUCAAAGCACUUCAGCAGGAGGAUCAGAACAAUAUACACCACCCUGGUGAUAUAACCAACGCUGAUGAAGUAGUGACUCCAACACAGGAUGGCAUCAGUACCAGACGAAAUGCCCCACCCUCACGCCCCUACCCCAAACCCUCCACCACCACCACCAGUCCCGGAGUUACCCCCCUACGCACCAGUCGAUCCCCAAAAGACUCCACUGCGACCUGACCUCGGCUCUCCCCCGCCUUACGCAAGUGUAGUGCAGGAGACAUAUACGAACAAUGGGUACCAAGGUGAAGGUCGUUGUCAAGGUCAGUGUCAAGGGCAGUCACAAGGACAAGGUCAAUCUCAAAGUCAACCUCAAUGUCGUGUGCAUUAUCAUAGAGGACCGCCGUUUCAUCGGUGUCAUGUUCAUCAUCACCAUCAUCGAAGCCCCAGUGGGGCGGGGCUCUCAGAGGCCAUGCAAGAACUCGUUGUUGACCACGGUCUGUCGACGUCUUUCGGACAAUACAAUCAGUGCUCCCUCAACGACAUGGCUGCGCCUAUGCGAUACCCGCAGCAUGUAACGAUUAUCCGCGAUAGCCAAGUCGGUGCUGAGAUCAACACUCACUGUCUGAUCGGUUUUGCUACCUUUGUGCUGUGCUGCUGCUGCGUGCCUUUUGGAAUGGCAGCGAUGAUGAAGGCACUGGAGGUUCGAACCCGACUACAAACUGGAGACAUCGUCGGGGCCAGGACGGCGGCGUCAUCAUCCAGGAUGUGGGCUGGCUCGGGGCUUCUGAUCGGGGCCGUAUUUGAACUCUCCCUCAUCAUCUAUAUUUUGUACAUUUAGAGGAAGAACCCACUUUAAAAAAUAAUCUGUAAACUCAAGAUUUACAAAAUAUGGUUAUACAACAAACAAGCGCAGCAUAUCAUAAUUGAUAACAAAUUAUUUUCGACAAAGGCUACGUUGAGAAUUAAUAAUACUUCUUAAAUCAGGCCUACUGUUUGUAGACAUCAGAAAACCUUUUUGCGAAAGCAAUUCUUUUUUAAAGCCCCACUGUCCUACUUGUCGCUACUUGCUCCCUCUAUAUAGAAAACUUCCCCAAUCGGUGCCUGUUGGUUCCCCA